AUGAACAACAGUAGCGCUUCAGGCUCACUACUGGCAAAUGACCUAACCAUCAACUCUACAGGGUUAACAGUCGCAGGUGACAAUGUCAUUGAAGGUCUUACUACCGCUUUUAACUUGUUGACGCAGGCGUCUUCAUCGAUUCUGGCGGUCUGCGGAGCCAUCUUUACCAGCACUACUUGGCACGUCAUGCGCUUCUUUCUCCUGCGAGUACCCUCUUGGGUCGUCGUAUCUUCCAGCGUUAGUAUUACCCUUUCAUUCUACACUCUGCUCUUAGUACUGUUUACCAUAAUGUUUGCCACAUACUACGUGCUAAGUGGCCGAUUUUUGCAUGCCUACAAGCGGCUACAACCUGAUGACAGCGAUGAGAAGCUGCUCAAAGACAAGAAGUUUCGUGAUGAGACGGAGGCACUUUUCGCCAACAAGUCUGAAAGCCAGCGGAAAGGCGGGUUCACGUCGUACCUGGAUGAAUUUCUUAGCGCCAUCAAAAUUUUUGGUUACCUCGAGAAGCCUGUAUUUCAUGAACUGACCAAGUCUAUGAAGACCCGUAGGCUUGAAGAAGGAGAGGUUCUACUUGUUGACGAUGCCCUUGGCUUUGCCAUUGUUGUUGAAGGAAGCCUUCAAACUUACCAUAAGGUUCAACGCACCAACAAAAAUCUGACGGGUAGUGUUCCUGAUUUUCUAGACGGAAGCAACUCCGACUCACUUGACGAUGCUGCCUCAGACUGUGACGCUUACUCGCUGAACGGUGAAAAAUACCAACUCUUGAACAUCGUGAGAGCCGGCAACCCAGUUUCAUCGUUAGUGAGUAUUUUAAGGCUUUUCACCGGACGCAAUGACACUCCACUAAGUAACUCAAUUCCCAGUUUUCCAGCAUCCGAAGAGGGCUAUCCAGGCUUUAUGUCACCCUUUCUAGAUUCAACCUUAGAGAAUCAUGCGUCUGAACUAAGAAAUACCUCUAGAACGCAAAAGCUUGCGCAAGAGCAGCUAGACUCUGGCCCACGUUCGCCUAACACCGAAAAUAUUCGAGGUGAAACUAAAGAUAGACCGGAGAAUACGGUACCAUUUGAAGGCUCGUUGCCCGAUAUUAUCGCCUGCGCACCUGGGGACUGCACUAUCGCCAUAAUUCCUGCAUCCGCUUUCCGCAGGCUGACUUCAAAGUUCCCCCGCUCUGCAUCUCAUAUCAUACAGAUGGUACUAACAAAGCUUUACAGAGUGACAUUUCAGACGGCUCAUACUUACUUAGGGCUCACUAAAGAGAUAAUCAACACUGAAGUUGUAUUAAACAGAUCUAACAACAUCGAGCUUCCAUACUACCUGAAAGAGGCUGCGAUCCGAAAGAUAAAAGCUCAGGAACUGUUUAAAAAAGAGGAGCAGUUAAAAACCCCGAAAACUGGUCCAAAGACGAGAACUCCAAUUGGUAGGCGCUCUUCUAAGGGACGCGCAUCUCCUCACUCCUUUCUCAAAAAUCGCGGCUCCCGACAUGUAGUGCUGGAUUCUAGAGAUCACCUGAACCCUGGUGAUUUACUUUCAAAUGUUCCCUUGUCGCGGAAGGACACUCCUACGAUAAGAGGGGUGUCCAAUAACUCUGUUUACCAAAGUGAAAGCGCGAAAUCUAAAAGUUUCAGGAACUCUAACAAUCAGGUCAACGCCCAGCUUUCUUCCUUGUCUUCCCUAUCUGACAAAGCGAAGGCAAUAAACAAGAGUGGGAAGAGCAGCGCACUAAGCGCCGCUACCAACGAGGAUGACGAAAUUAGGGAAAGGACUUUCUCUGCCGCUCAAGAGGAAACAGAAGAGUCAUCUUGGAGAAUCGCUUUAGUUGAAGGAAUGUUUUCUUACCUUGGCAUAACAAAGGAAAACAUACUUCCUACGACGGAUGAUGACGACGAUGCGCUCUCGUUGCGUAGGUCCUCGGAAGUGUCCUUGACACCAUCAUCUCAGAUGAGUGCUCCAUCAGCCUUCCGUUUGUUGUCUCCAGAUCAGUUUGUAACAAAGAAAGGACCUAAGGUUAAACCAAAGCAGGAAUACAAAGAAGAAAUACCAUACAAUAUUGAUUUUGACACAGUCAAAGAUGAGUUUGCUCAAGGUCUACAAACAAUGUUUGUACGCGAAGGUUCUAUUUUGGUUUCACAGAACACUCACAACAAAGGCCUAUACUACAUUAUAUCAGGCACUAUGGAGGUUAUUUGGACGAAUGAAGAAGACCACACGCAGCACAUUCUGCAUAAUAUAAAGUCCGGCGGAAUAGCUGGUUACUUGGCUUCUUUGAUAGGAAGCAAGUCCUUCGUCACUCUUAGAGCAAAGACCGAUUUGUAUGUUGGAUUUCUGCCAGUUCCCACUUUGGAAAGGCUCUGCGACAAAUAUUUUAUGAUAUAUUUACGGAUUGCCGAGACCUUGAUCAAUCUCUUAAAUCCUAAAAUACUAAAAUUGGACUACGCUCUAGAAUGGAUACAUUUAGAUGCAUCAGAGAUUCUCUUCAACCAAGAUGAGCCUGCUAACGCAAUUUACGUCGUUUUGAGCGGCAGACUUCGUCAACUUCAUCGUUCGAAUAAGACAAAACCCGAAGCUCUAGAGAGGAAAAACAAAAAAAGACACUUGCGCGAUAGCUCUAAAGUCAGGGCGAUUAGAGAAUAUGCCCAGGGUGAGAGCUUAGGGGAAGUUGAUGUGUUAACCGCAAUAAAUCGCCUUUCCACUGUCGUUGCUUUGAGAGACACGGAGCUGGCUCGUAUUCCUAGAACACUGUUUGAGCUUCUUGCAAUGGAGCAUCCCUCGAUAAUGAUUCGAGUAAGCAGACUAGUCGCAAGGAAAAUUCUCCAGCAACAGAGAGGAUCGGAAGCCCCUGAAUCCAUAAACAGCGCGAAAGACUACAAGUAUGAUUUCAACCUUCUCAUUCCUCCCACAGAAACAACGAAGGGUUCUGUCAUAAACUCUGAACAUGGCGCUAGUGCUCCUUCAGAUGGCGACAGCAGACAUAGUUAUCGCACAAUAACCAUCCUUCCAAUCACCCAGGGUCUCCCAGUCGAAGAAUUUGCCUCGAAAUUGGUAACCGCUUUUAAACAGGUGGGAAUGUCUACAAUUGGACUUAACCAAUCUGCGACUUUGUCUCAUUUAGGGCGUCAUGCCUUCGACGGGCUCUCUAAAUUAAAGCAGUCUGGAUACUUUGCUGAGCUUGAAGAGAUCUACGAUACUGUCGUCUACAUUGCAGACACGCCCACGAACUCUUCCUGGACUACGACCUGUAUCAACCAAGGAGACUGUAUUUUGUUGCUAGCUCAUUCAGCAAUGACACCGGAUAUCGGCGAGUUCGAGCGGCUGUUAAUCAAGUCAAAAUCUAAUGCUAGAAUCGAAUUGAUACUUUUGCACGCAGAGCGCUACGUUGAGCCUGGACUUACCCACAAGUGGUUAAAGAACAGGAUGUGGGUCCAUUCUCAUCACCACAUGCAGUUUUCCAGUCCAUCGUAUGUUAGGGACAAGGAACCUGAAGCUGAGCCCGAAUCAAAUACAAAAACUUUCAUCCGUAAUUUGAAAAGAGAACGCCUAAAUCACAUCACUAGACAGACCCAGGAAAACAUUUCUAGGUUACUGCCUGAUUCGCUCAAAUCAACCGUCGAGAACUUUUCCUCAAAGUUUAUCAACAAGAAGUCCCAGUUUUACACGCCAGUUUUAUCGCACAAAAAUGAUUUUCUAAGACUUGCUCGUAUCCUUUCUGGCAAAGCUAUCGGGCUAGUUUUAGGAGGUGGCGGUGCUAGAGGCAUUAGCCACUUGGGCGUGCUCAGAGCGAUUGAGGAGCAUGGAAUCCCUAUUGAUAUGAUUGGUGGCACUUCGAUUGGAGCAUUCGUGGGUGGUCUUUACGCGAAAGACUACGACCUGGUGCCAAUCUACGGGCGCAUGAAGAAAUUUGCUGGCAGAGUUGGCUCCGUAUGGAGACUUCUGACAGACUUGACUUGGCCUGUGACCUCUUACACCACGGGCCACGAAUUUAACAGGGGCAUAUGGAAGACUUUCGGGGACAUCCGUAUCGAAGAUUUCUGGAUACAAUACUACUGCAACUCUACAAACAUCACGGAGUCCAUUCAAGAGAUACACUCAACUGGCUAUGCUUGGAGAUAUAUUCGUGCAUCAAUGUCACUAGCUGGGCUUUUGCCACCAAUCGAAGACAAUGGCUCCAUGUUGCUCGAUGGCGGCUACGUCGAUAACCUGCCAGUGUGGGAAAUGAAGGCCCGGGGAUGCAAUACAAUUUUUGCAGUGGACGUCGGAUCUGUCGACGACAGAACACCCCAAAGAUACGGCGACUCUUUAAAUGGAUUCUGGAUCGUGUUCAACAGAUGGAAUCCCUUUUCUGAUUACCCAAACAUUCCAAAUAUGACAGAGAUUCAAAUGCGCCUGGGCUAUGUCGCAUCGGUCAACGCAUUGGAGAAGGCUAAAAACACACCCGGCGUCAUUUACGCCAGACCACCAAUCGAAGACUACGCGACUCUGGAUUUCGCCAAGUUUGAGGAGAUUUAUCAGGUAGGAACCGCCUACGGUCACGAUUUCUUUCAAGAACUUGAGAAACAAAAAAAGAUGCCCCACAUCCCAGGCUCCGAGAUGUUAGCGGACGAUCCGGAAUCGCGCCAUCGCAUGCUAUAUAGACGCAACAGCGUGUAA